GUCAGCAUGUGUGGUAGCCGAGCGUAGCGUAAGAAUACCACGGUGCUGCUCACUCCACUCACAGAGGCUGUGCAUCACUCAUGGUAAUGUCGCGCGCCACGGUAUAAAUUGCAUCGAGGGAAUUUCAUCAUACGGAUUCAUGGUCAUCAUCGCGUCUACGACCAGAUUAUGUUUUCACCUUCGACAGCCAAGUUCAUUUGUUUUUCUUAUUGGAUUUCUACGCAGCCAUUCCAACAGAAUCCAAUGCUGGAGACCUUUUCAAGAGCGUGACGAAUCACCAUGCCUCAGUGUGAACCUACCCUUACACAGCGACAACACAGCAACGACGAAAACAACAUUACAGACGGCGAACGUGGCGAAUAACGUAUGAACAUUUUGGCACAAUGACUCUCCAUGAAAGCAGUAACACGUCUGCAGACAAGAAUAUGUCGCUCCUGUUAAUGACUGUAAAAUCGGGUGAUGUUUCAACUCCUGUAAGCUACCUCAAAUACCCUGUGGAUACUGCCAUCUACAUCAUGACCGUCCCAACACCUCCCAUCUUGAUCACAGUCGGUCUUAUCGGCAACUUCCUCAGCUUCCGUCUGAUGAGCCUGAAAAAGUAUGAGAAGAGUACGACGUGUUUUUACAUGCGCUAUAUGGCUGUCACCGACAGCCUCUACAUUUAUGGCAGAAUAUUCCUCAGGUAUAUCCGAUUGAUGGCGCCGCAUCUUUUUGUAAGCGAUGCCGUAAAGCGGCCAUUUUGUCUCUACUAUUUCGCGACUGGUUUGAUGAGUUAUGCUAUGUCACCAUGGAUUCUCGUGGCCUUGGCAUUCGACCGUUUUCUGGCGCUAACAUGGCCGCUAAAGGCGGCCAUCUUUUGCACAAUGCGCAGGGCAAGAAGAACAACGAUUUGUGUAUUCAUUUUUGGUUUUUGUUACGGAUUAGUUCAGCUUCUCCGCACGCGACAAGAGAAAUAUAAAUUCUGGUUGUGUCCGUAUUACUUUAAAGAACCAGCGGAUGAAAUUCACGCCAUCACGGAAGGGAUCCUAAUGUCGAUAUGCCCCAUCUUGACGCUUUGCGUCUUCAAUAUAGGUAUCAUCAUCGCCGUGCAUCGAAGCAAACAGAACGAAGCGCUGAAAAAAUCUUCUGGUGCUGAAACUUCUAAAGAAUCCUCCAUCACUUUAGCAGCAGUUUCCGUCACCACUGCCUUUAUAAUUUUCCAGCUCCCCGACACUAUCAAUGAUUUCUUUUGGGCAAACUGGAAAGGAAUUGUCACGAGCGACGUGGCCCAAUGGCAGAGGCUUACACUGAAUAUUGAUGUUCUGUGUGAAAGUAUGAACUAUUGUCUCAAUUCUUAUCUGUAUGUUUUAUCAUGCAAACGGCUGAGAAAGGAGAUGCUAGGUAUUAUCCUAUCUUGUAAUAGGAAACUUAACCGUUAACUCGCUAGAUGGCUUUUUGGAUGCCGCAAGAUUCGCCGCGACUUUCCUAAUAUGUCGUGAACUUGUAGUUCUUGAUAACCUAGUAAAGUCAAGAUGCUUCGAAUGGGAUGACCUUGGCCUACAGUCACCGUAGAUAACACUUGCAAAGGAACUGAAGAAACCGAAACGUCGUAUGGAACGUGUUGGUGUAGUGUGUUUUAAGGUUUAUCAUGACCCACAGACAGAACUACAUUGAGCUGGAUGAAUACAAUAUCAUCGCCGAUGCAGACAUAAUAAUCAAGUACAUACUCUCUGCAAGUAUUAGUUUCCAUGUGGUAUAAGUCACUGUACAUUAUACAUUGCAAUCGCGCAGUUGAUAGAAAAUAACCGUGGCUAGAGGGGAAGAAAUUACAAUAAGACAUGUCGUUUAGAAUAAAACAGUUUCAGCACAAACUUUCGCGUAACCAGAUCUAGAGGGCCGAAAGGUCUUAUAAUAAUGAAAUGGCCUAGUCGUGGCGAUUUGGAAGCAAUGUGAUACAUGUAUUUUCGUGCGAUAUUUUGCCCAAGCUCCUGUACCCCUCCGCGUACCGUUGAACCUAAUGACAAUAUCGUAACUGAUCUUCAAAGAAAGAAAGUAUGGAAUCUCAUCCUACUUAAUUCAUGAAAUUAACAUAUGUCUGAGUUUUUAUGCGCAGACAGAAGCUUCAAAUGGUCAUUUUAAUUAUUUGCAAUGAAAAGCACAUCUGCCACACGGUGAGUGCUUGACCAGUUUGUUUUAAAUUGACCAUUGACCUUUGAGUUCAAAACGCGAAAUCAGGCAGACUAGUGUGCUGCUUUUGUGCGCCGUUUGUCGAGGCAAAGAAAUGCCGUAAAUGUGGUAUACUGCUGGUUAUUGAAAAAAGAGAGUAUGAUAAUGGAAAUCGAAUUGAACGAACGCGUUAUUUCUGUGAACAUCAACAUUCACCCACUGCUCAGAAGAUGGUGAAAUCCACGUCGUUCGUCACUGCAAAUCUGCUGUCAGCAUUUAAAAUGAAUAACAAUGACUUUGUUAUGAUCGUUCAGAUGUGCAGGGCCGGAGAAGCUAACAUUAACCCCUGAUUUCCUCAGGAUGAUGCAUGGUAGACGAGGAGAUGUUGGUGGCAGUGGUGUGGAGUGUGCAAUGCUGUGUGCUGAACAUGGCAUCCCAAACGUGGGACGGACGUUAAUAUAUAACAGUGUGACAUUGGCACUAAAUAUGCUUCGCCAAUUCUACUUUAAAAUCCUUUCCAAGCGGUUAGUGAUCAGGCCUAGAAUUUACACACAGGUCAUGGGCCUGAUCAUUGGCCUGCUUGACCUCUAAAAACAUUUUGGGGUAUCAUUUUUUCUAAAGGCCUUGCAUAAUAGAUACGGACAUUCACGUGGACAUGACAACAAAGAAACCAUCCAUGCAAGGGGUUGUUCCCCUUGUUGUUUACAUGCAUUUUGACGCAAAGUACCUUUUCGAAGGGGCGUCUUAAGAAUGAAGUCGUCUCUCAUCAUCAUUUCCGGCGUCGCAUAUACAGUAACGGCCCACAUACACCGCUUCGACCGCCGAGCAGA